AUGGCAUCCAAAGAUGCAGAUUUUGGCGACGUCAUAGCUAUCGACUCAUCGUCCGGCGAGGAAGAGCCGGCGAAAUCUCAGCUCGCCAUGAAGAAGCGCUCACUACGCAACUCGAAUCUCUCAGAGCCCCCUCGGGAAUCAAAACGUCUCAAGAAGAACGCCGAGAGCGCUGCUCGAGGGCAAGACGACAUGGCCGCCGGCGAUGACCUGAUGCUGGCAGAGGAAUCGGAACGCGACGCGGCUGAAGAAAGCGAACAGCCCGCUGACCAGACGAAACUCACCAACAAAGAGAAGAAGGAGCAGCGCAAGGAGCUCAACGAGGGCAAGUCUGACUUUGAUCCAAUCAUCCUAGACGACCCGCCUAUCUAUGUUAUUCGAGGGUUGGCGGUUGAACUCCCAGCAUACAGAAAAUUCAAGGGUGGCAAUGCGCACACCUGGGAGCAAAAGGUCCCCCAGUGGAUUGAUCUCUGCUGUCGAAUGAAUGCUGCCAUGCUCCCUGGCUUGACCGUCGAAGACCUGCUCUCAGGGCACGCAGAAUACAUCAACACCGUCAAAGACAAGGGCUCCAAGGGUGCCAAGAGGCGUUUGAAGCAAGUGAUCACAGCUUCAAAGAAGAACACUGCUUUCAAGAACAAGUUCACGAGAUCGUGGCCUGAACUUGGUACCGAUGUGGAUCGCACAGACAAGUCUCCAUCUCGGUUUUACGAGUACAAGUCAGAAGCACAGGACAACAAUGGAGCAUCUGUCGCCAACGGUCAAGGUCCCGUGCCUAGUAGUGCGUCGGCGCCGAUUGAGCUUGAAGACGAUAGCGAGGCGGAGUAUGAGCCAACUUUCCACACCGAACAGCCCAUACAGGCACUGGGCUCUGCGUCUGUGGCGAACCCGACAUCUAGUCCGCCAAAUGGACACCAAGAACCCAAUGGUGACGAGAAUCAUACGCGUGAUUAUGACACGUCGGACCUGCAGCAACAACAGACCUACUUUCCGUCCGCUUCGGAUCCAUCAAACAUGUGCCUAUCGUGUGGCCAAGAAGGACAUUCUAGAUCCAGGUGUCCCCACUCAAUUUGUCGCUUCUGCAACGGGGGCGGCCACUGGGACUUCGCUUGUCCAUCACGGGUUCGGUGCGGCAAAUGUCGACAGCAGGGCCACACCAAGGCCGAGUGCCAAGAGAAGUUGGCUUUGACGAAGAGUGAGGGGCUAGCAUGUGGCUUCUGCAACUCCACCGACCAUCUCGAGGAGAACUGCACAGAAAUCUGGCGCUCAUUUGCCCCACGGCAAGGCAAGACCAACAAAGUGGUCUUUAUAGCGCCAUCUUGCUCACUGUGCGGCAGCGACAAACACUACCGGAUGGAAUGCGCUUCGAGAAAGGUCACGGACAAGGGGAAUCCAACGUGGUCUUUGGCAAACUGCAACCUUUACAUUGAAAAGGACUGUGGCCAGCGCGCCAUUGAACACGAGGCUGCACAAGACGCAAACAAGGGCGCGGCACGGCGACAGGAAGUGCGCAUCAAGGGCCAUGCCGCGAGGAGUGGCAAUAUUGUGCACUAUUCCGACGACGAGGAUUCCGAGGUUGAAUUCUUAGGCAAGAAACCGGCGCAGAGGAGGGCCCCCCUUGGCAACAUCCGCAUGGCCAGCAACAUCCAGAUGCCUGCGCAGCCAGUGGACUCGUUCCGCGGCCGCCUCGCCGGGACUAUGGGCCUCCGCCUUCAGGAGCUGGAAGAGGAGGGGGCAGAGGUGGACGCGGUGGGAGAGGUGCAGGGAGAGGUGGUGGUGGUGGUGGUGGGAGAGGCAGGGGACGAGGGAGGAACUGAACGAUUGGGUGGCAAUGUACAGUAUCGAGUCGCGUUUUGA